AUGGGGUCUUCAACCUUAGAGAAGGUCCUCUCAUUAGUCUUGUUUGUUGGGUUGUUGUCUUCACCCAAUUUAGCUUCUGCUUCUGUUCAAGAAGCUAAAGCUCUCCUCAAAUGGAAAGCCAACCUUCAACAACAAAAUAUUUCUGUGCUAACUUCAUGGAUUUUACCUUCUAAUUAUAAUGCCACUAGUUCUUCAAGCCCUCCAAAAACAAGUGCCAUCCCAUGCACUUGGUCUGGAGUUUCUUGCAAUGUUGAUGGAAGUGUCACGAGACUGAACCUCACAAAUUCAAGUGUGAACGGUACUCUCUAUGAUUUCCCAUUCUCAUAUCUUCCUAAUCUUGCAUAUAUUGAUCUCAGCAUGAAUGGUUUUUCCGGUAGCAUCCCACCUCAAGUUGGUAAACUCACAAAACUCAUCUAUCUUGAUUUGUCCAUCAAUCAGUUUUCCGGAAUAAUCCCACCACAAAUUGGCCUGCUAACAAAUCUUCAAGUCCUCCACCUAUUCCAGAAUCACCUAAAUGGCUCAAUUCCUGUAGAAAUAGGCCAGCUACAGUCCCUUUAUGAGCUUUUUUUGUACUCUAACGAUCUUGAUGGUCCCAUUCCCACUUCUUUGGGCAGUUUGAGUAACUUGGCUUAUUUGUAUCUCUAUGAAAACGAACUGUUUGGUUCCAUUCCUCCAGAAAUGGGAAAUCUCAUCAAUCUUGUCGAGCUUGAUUUGAGUCAAAAUUUGCUCACAGGUCCCAUCCCUUCCACUUUCAAGAAAUUGAAUAAGCUUACCAUGUUGUACCUAUACCAAAAUCAGCUCUCUCAUCCAAUUCCCCCAGAGAUAGGAAACCUGAAGUCCCUUGAGAGUCUGAUCCUUUAUACAAACAAUCUUUCUGGCUCAAUCCCGGCAUCCUUAGGUGAUCUAAGCUUCCUAACUCAACUAUCUCUCUAUGAAAAUCAACUCUCCGGUCCCCUUCCUAAAGAAUUAGGGAAGUUAAAGUCUCUCAAUGAUCUACUAUUGAGUAAGAAUCAACUCAAUGGUUUUGUUCCUGCUUCAUUUGGUAAUCUGAGCAACUUGGAGAACUUGUUCCUCCGCGACAACCAACUCUCUGGUCCCAUUCCACGAGAAAUUGGGAAUCUGGAGAACUUGGUUAUACUGGCAAUGGAUGAGAAUCAUUUUUCUGGCGAUUUGCCUGAAAAGUUUUGCCAAGGCGGAAAACUGAAACAAUUCGCGGUAAACAAUAACCACCUUACUGGUCUUAUUACCAAAAGCUUGAGAAACUGUUCCAGCCUAACCCGAAUGCGCCUGGAUGGAAACCAGCUCAGUGGAGAUGUAUCUGAAGUUUUUGGUGUCUAUCCAAAUCUUCAAUUCAUAGAUUUUAGUAACAACUUCUUUUUUGGUGAAAUGUCUUAUAGGUGGGGACAGUGCCGAAAUUUGACUAGCCUAAAGAUGGCAAGGAACAAUAUCACUGGACGAAUACCACAAGAGUUGGGAAAUUUAUCUCGACUUCAGGUGAUUGAUCUUUCUUUGAAUCAAUUAGCUGGGGAUAUUCCAAAGGAACUAGGGAAGUUGGACUUGCUAGUGCUUGAUUUGAAAGAUAAUCAACUUUCUGGCAGUAUACCUAGAGAACUCAGACUACUAGUUGAUCUGUUGUAUCUUGACCUGUCCAAAAACAGAUUGAGUGGUGCAAUAGCUGGAAUUCUAGAAAAUUGCUUGCAGUUGCAUUACUUGAACUUGAGCUACAACCGUUUUAGCCAAAAUAUUCCACCAGAGAUGUAUAAGUUAGCUCAACUGUCCGAGCUAGACUUGAGCCAUAAUUUUCUAAUGGGAGAAAUAUCUUCGCAAAUUAAUAAUUUGCAGAGUUUGGAGGAGCUAAAUCUCUCCCACAAUAACCUCUCUGGUUUCCUUCCAGAGUCUUUUGAAGAAAUGCAUGGGUUGAUAUAUGUUGACAUAUCCUACAAUGGGUUUCAAGGUCCCAUUCCCAGCAACAAUGCCUUUAGAAAUGCUACCAUAGAGGAAUUACAAGGGAACAACGGUUUGUGUGGCAAUCUUACAAGAUUGAAAACUUGCGAAGAUGGCCAACACAUUGUGAAAGAAAGCGACAAACCCAUGUUAGUUCUUAUAAUUGUAUUACCUCUUAUGGGAGCACUUUUACUUCUUGGUGCAUUCAUUGGACUCCUCAUCAUGUAUGGAAGAAGAAAAGGUAAAGCACUAAUUGAACAAGGUGAUUUGCUGUAUGAUAACAAUCUGUUUUCAGUUUCCAAUUUUGAUGGAAGAGCAAUGUAUGAUGAAAUCUUAAAAACCACCAACAAUUUUGAUGCCUCAAAUUGCAUUGGGCAAGGAGGAUAUGGAACUGUCUACAAAGCAAAGUUGCCAUCAAACAAUAUAGUGGCUGUGAAAAAACUUCACCCGUUGUCUGAGACAGAAGACGGUAAAGGGUUUUUGAAUGAGGUAAGAGCACUGACAAAAAUUCGACAUAGGAACAUUGUAAAGCUAUAUGGUUUCUGUUCACAUGCUCAACACUCUUUUUUGGUUUAUGAGUAUUUUGAAAGAGGUAGCUUGGCCACGGUCCUGAGGAGAGAUGAAGAGGCUAAAAAUGUCGAUUGGCCCAAAAGGGUGAAUAUCAUUAAGGGGGUGGCUCAUGCUGUGUCUUACAUGCACCAUGAUUGCUCACCACCAAUUGUUCACAGGGACAUAUCAAGCAACAAUAUUUUGUUAGACCCCGAGUAUGAGCCUCAUGUUUCAGAUUUCGGCACUGCUAAGCUUCUAAAGCUAGACUCCUCGAAUUGGAGCACACUUGCAGGCACAUAUGGAUAUAUAGCACCUGAGCUUGCUUUCACAAUGAAGGUAACUGAAAAGUGUGAUGUGUAUAGCUUUGGAGUGUUGUCACUGGAAGUGAUCAAAGGAAAGCAUCUAGGCAAUCUCAUCACCUCAUUAUCAUCUUCAUCUAUUGAUCAGAAUAUAAUGCAAAAAGAUGUGUUGGACCAACGCAUUUCAGCUCCCUCAACCGAAGCUGAAGAGGUGUUGAUGUCAAUUAUAAAACUGGCCAUUGCAUGUUUAAAUGUCAAUCCACAAUCCAGGCCGACCAUGCGCAUUGUCUCUCAGAUGUUGUCAACCCUAAUACUACAUUCUUAG